AUGGUCUACCCUACCUUCCAGUGGCUCCCAGAUUUCGAGAAGACGGGUUUCUGGAUCGGCUGCCGGAGUAUGUUUCAUGAGUCGCAAGGGCAUUUCACGAAAGAGCUGAGCGUGAGCUCUAUCAGUUCAAGGCUUGGAUGGUUCGGGACAAGACGCUUGCUUCCUUCUGCGUCUUCGGAGCCUGCAGAAGCUGUCGACACAUCCAAUCCGAGUGAUGACAUCAAGCAAGAGCAGCUUCCGACACCACCCCCGAGUCCCAGAGCCUGCUCCAGCUCCGCCGGUGAGAUGGAAGAUAAGUGGUUAUGUGUAGACAACAAGCGCUCGCGCUUGAAGGCGGAGAUGGACUAUCAAGCAAGACAUCCUGUCAAGAAGAAACGAAAGUUCUGA